AUGCCCGGGCAGCCAACCCAGCCACGCCGCGCGGGCAGCCCCUCGCCCACCCGCGCCGGUGUGCCGCGGACGAGCAUGUCCGAGCGCAUCCUCGCCGCGGAACAGCGGCUCGAGGCGCUCGACCGGGAGCGCGAGGUCGCCGCCGCCGACCUCACCGCGCUCCGGGAGCGGGCCGCCGCGCCGGCCACUGAGCGGCGCUUGCGGACGGCCUACGCGCUGUGGCUCUGCUGCCCCUUCUACCCCGCGUACGCGCUCUAUCUCGGCCGCGACCUGCACGCGUGCCUCUACACGCUCACCCUCGGCGGCUUUGGCGUCGGCUGGCUGGUCGACGGCGCCUGCCUGCCGUGGUAUGUUGCCGACUACAACGAGCCGCUCGGCUACCUCAUGCGCGCGCAGCGGCGAGCGGCGGCGCGGCUCUUCGCGUGGCGCACGCUUCUCCUCCCGGCGCGCUGGCUCCUCGUCUCGGCAAGCUGCUCCCUCGCGGCGGCCCUCGCGGCGGCGGCGCUGCCGGUGAAGCGGCUCGAGGCGGCGGUGGGAGCCGAGCGCGCGGCGGUGGCGCGGCUCGUCGCGGGGCUGCUCGGCGCCACGGUUGGUGCCACCUGCGCCUGCCGCUGCGUCGCCGCCGUCCGCACGCGGGCGAGGCCGCAGAGGGCUCUGUUUUGGGGCGCGCUGCUGCUCUCGCUCGUGCUCGCGUCGGAGGAGGCGCGGGACAAGGUUGCGGAGGAGGGGGUGGCGCCCUCGCUCGCGGCGGUCUCGCUCUCCGUGGCGGUGGCGGCGAUGGGCGGCGCCGCCUUCGACCCGUCGCUCUCUCCCUCGAGGGGCGGCCCGGCCGGGCUGGCGGCGCGGCUGCUGCUGCAGCUCGGCGGCGUGGGCGGCGUGGCGGCGGUGGCCGCCCUCUCCUUCCACCUCAACGGCGACGAGUGGCUGGGCAAGGACGGGCGCAAGAAGCUGCGCGAGGCUGGGGCGCAGCUCCACACGCUGCCGACCUGCGCGAGUUGCUGCGCGACCCAGGCGAUGGCGCCGCGACGCCGCUCGGCCUCGCGACGUUUCCUUGACGUGUCCCGGACGCGUGUGCCAGGCGACGACGCCGCGACGCUGCUCGGCGUGGCGCGCGACGCUUCGCCCGCUGAGAUCAAACAGGCGCACCGGCGACUCGCGCGGCUGCACCACCCGGACAAGCAGCAGGACGCGAGCCGCGAGGAGAAGGAGGAGGCGGAGCGGAUGAUGAGCCGGCUGAACGCCGCAAAGGACACGCUGCUGGGCGAGUCGUGA